GCCAUUUUGCUAUAGUCUUAGUGCCGCUCCGGCAGUCAACGAGUUGGGACGCAGUCUUUCCUAGGCUACUCAAUUUGUAAUUUUUUUUUAAAACCAAAUCUGAAACUGGUAAUUAAAACUGAAUACUUUGCUUACACAAUAUAUUUGUCUGUUACAUUGUAGUGUUAAACAGUAUAGCAGUGAACACCACGGUAAUGAACAGCCGUCUUAAUAUUUAGCUAAGGCUAACGAUAAGGUCGCGAGAAAUUGGUGGUUUCGGUAGGCCUCUGUUAUGUAGCAUAAGCUAAAAUAACCUUAAACUGCACGAACAUCAUUUGUCACGUGUUGAACAUACGAUAUCGUAUUUUUAUUUAGUUAACAGCGUGUAGUUCGGCCAAUUCAAAUGUAAGAUGCUUCUAUUGUUUAUUUAGAUAAUUUUAACAUUCUCUUGUUUGCCGUUCUUUAUACAGUAGCAGUAGUGUUUUCAUCACUUCUGUGAAUCGCUCGUUGUUCGUUCCGGCUAGCUUUGGCCUACUUUUUAUUAAACAGUAAGUAUGGAAUUGUUUUCUUGACUGUCUUGGUUUUUAAGUUUGACCAGCACGUAUUUUGAGCCAACGGUGAAGGUGGCCUGUAUCUUAUAUUAAUUGUGAAGUAACGUCGAUUCUAGUUAGUUCACUCAGAUGUUUUAAGAGGAACGACCAUUUCUGGUUGUAGCCCCCCAUCGAAGAAGUAUGUGUUUUAUCUGUAAUGUGAGUGAAUAACUUUGUGAAUCGUCGUUUUUGCCCCUUUAUUUUCGUGCAAGUGUUAUUUUGUUAAUUUAGAGUGCAUUUUUCUUGUUCCUUAAGAUGGAGGCCAGAGUUGUUCUUAAGGCAGAUCGUAAGUGUCGAACAAAGGCCUUUAAGUAUAAAGUAAACAAACAACCAAAGUCUGGUCUCUCGAUAAUUGAAGUUUUACCUGUUCUUUAUUAUGGAUUAGAAACAUGAAAUAUAUAAACAUGGGUUGAUGACGCACUGUAGUGAGUUUGUCUACUGCUCUGGACCUCUCUUCUGACCAAAUCUUAGUUUGCUCUGGAGUCAUUAUUGAGCGCAUUCUUGUCUCACGAUGCUGUACGUGUGUGGAAAUGUCCAUCUGUCUCCUUUGUAUCUGUGCACAACUGUCUGUCUUUUAAUAACCCCUUUUCAGUUCCUUGGGGAGUGUUUUUUAUUGAUUUGUAGGUUUAAAACCAUCCUGUUGGCCCUUUGUGGGAAUCCCUGGACAUGGAUAGAUGAUAGCUUGCCCCCCCUUGAGAAUACAUUGGCGAAGAUUUUUUUCCUCUCCAGCAUUGGUAGUCAACAGCUGAAAAUCUCUAGAAGCUUGAAUAUCCUGCCCUUUUUCCCUGCUGCACCACUUAAAUGCCACCAAGUGUGCAAAAUGCCUCCAAGCCCAAGAAGAAGCUGAGGAUUUUUUUUUCUAUUCAGCAUCCCACGGUUGUCCCCUUUUUGACACAUCAAUUUAAGCAUUUUUGGAUUUAUUUUUUUAUGUCCUCCCAUUUCUUUGAUUGCUUACACCAAUUAAUAAAAAAUAAUAAAAAAAAAUCUCCAAAGGACUCCUUUGCACCCACCAUCAGUAAUGUUUAGCAGUCUGGCGGAGAUAAAGAUGUCUCAGAGAGUCUCAGAAAAGGGAUGUCGUAGGAAGACAAGUGUCUCUGGACGACCCACCCCCCUUUUCCUCUUAUCUCAUGGAUCAAGUGUUCCUUCAGGACUCCAUACUGCCACGGAGACACCCUACCAGCAGUCAGCUCAAGAGGGAGACAACUUCUCAGCCACCUCAGGGAGAGUCCUGUUGGCCCUCGAAGAGAACCAGCUGCUGGCUUUAAAGGUCGUAACCCCAUCACCUCCGUCACAUUACUAUGACCAACCAUGGAGAUGACUGCUACUUCUUUUACUACUCCACCUGCACUAAAGGAGACAGCUGCCCCUUCAGACACUGUGAGGCAGCUAUGGGCAAUGAGACCGUCUGCAACCUCUGGCAGGAGGGACGCUGCUUCCGUACCGUCUGCAAGUUUCGCCACAUGGAAAUCACAAAAAAACGAAAGGAGAUACCCUGUUACUGGGAGAACCAAGCAGCUGGCUGCCAGAAGCCACACUGCGCCUUCUUCCACGAAAAGGCCCGCUUCAUUGAUGGCAUGUUUGUCCCACCUGAUAAAACUCUAAGCAAGAAUGUGGAACAGCCACACGAAGAACCACCUCCCCCACCAGCGGCCCCGCUUCCAACUGCAACCAAUCCCCAGCUCAGAGGCGUCAUCAAGACGGAAGCUCAGGAGCCAGUGCCGAGCCCAACCCACCCACCGGUGGUGAUUAAUCCAGUAGAUGAUGAUGAGGAUGAGGAUGACCAGAUUUCAGAAGAGGGAGAGGAUGGCAAGAUUGGCUCUUCUCCUAGAAAACUACCCAAAUCAGAUGACUCACUGAACUUUGGAGUGAGCACCCUAGAGGAGAUCCGACUGAGGAAGGCCCUGAAGAACAGAGCUGGUUACUCUGUCCAGAGUGGCGACACCUCCACCAACAGAGAGAAAGAAAACAUCCAGUUAUUCUUGCAGCCACCCCUGUUUGAGGCGAGACAUGGCUCACUCGUCACUGAAGAACCUGUAAGACCAAGAGCCAGUAUUGCUGAAAGGCUUGGAGGGAAGAUUCACAACACUGGUAACCCACUGAAAAGGGGUCUGGCUGAGCGUCUGGGCAAAGUUGUGAAUGAGGAAGAGCCAUUAAUGCCCCCUCAGAAAGCUAUGAAGACUGUUAAGGAAAGACUUGGAUUGACUGCUGCCACCCAACCUGCUGAGACCAACACAGAGUCAAAGAAAGCUCCUGAGCAGAUCCGCAUUAAAACUCUUGAGGAGAUCAGGCAGGAGAAAGCAGCAAAGUCUCAGUCUCUGUCAAAAGAUGACCCCUCAGUCGUCCCUCCACGAGUCAACACUAAAAUCGCCAAGGCUGUCAAGAGAGACAUCACUGUAAAAGACCACUCUAUCACUCAUGUCAAAACUUUCUCUGAGAUCAUUCAUGCCAAGAAGAGAAGGCAGGAGGAAGAGCACACUGGGGAGAAAGGUCCAGGCAAGAGUCUGGGGGAGUCUGACACAGCUGGGGCUGCUCCUGAGGCUAUAACCCUUGGGGGGAUUAGAAUAAAGACCCUGGAGGAGAUCCGCAGGGAGAAGGCAGCGAGGAUUCAGGCUGAGCAGGCCCAGGAGGCUGAAAACAAGAAGAGCUGUGACACAGCAGAGAACGGUACCAAGAAGCCACAACUGCGACGCAUCAAGAAACCGGCCUCCCAAACAGGAAACAUCACAGAAGAGAAGAUCGCUGAAGUGACUGAGAAGCCUGUUAAGAGUUCUACUGCUGCUCCUGAGACCAGUCUCGCCAAUGGUAACAACGUCAAGGUCAAGACAUUCGAGGAGAUCAUGCGGGAGAAACGCCUUCGCAAGCAAGAAAUGGAGGAGCAGGCCAAAGGCCCAGGUGAAGCAGAACCUUGUCAGAAACCAACUGCUGAAGGGACCCUGAAGAGGAAGGUCCCUACUAAAGUCAGUCUUUUGAAGCCAGACUCCUCAUCACCUGCCUCCACCACGGUGGCCCCUGACACGACACUGACCGCCCAGAAGGUCCCUGUUCGUAAACUGAUCCCCCUCAAAUCCAAGGCUGCUGCCUCUGGUGCGAGAGGUGCUGAUGUUAGCUCAGUCCCCGUGAAGCCGAGCUCUCCUCCACCGGAGUCCUGCUCACUGAGCCCCAGCAGCUCAAGGGAGGUCCCAGACAAAACCACGCUGUCACCACCCCAGCAGACAAGGGCAGCUCCUCAGGGUUCGGCUGCAGAGGUCCCUACUACUGAUGGAGCACUGAGCAAUAACCAGAAGAAAUCCCCAGAACACACUACAUACACCAAAGUGAGGCCCAAGCUGAAAGUGAAUCCGUCUGUGAAGAAGCCUGCAGUUCCGGUGAACCCAGGCCAGAAGAGGAGAGGAGCAGAGCUGUCUGCUAUUGCUGCUGUCAAACCUCUGAAUAGUGCCUCUGCAGUGCUGGAGGAGCCACUGCAGGAGGCAACGCGCAGAAACAGACAGGUGUUCCCAUCUUCCAGUGCAGAGGCUCCGCUGAGCUCCACUGUUCCCUGUAGUCCCAGCACCUUGUUGGACUGCUCCAGUUCCAGCCCAGUGCGAGAGGAACUCCAGACUGUCCCCGUCUCCAAGCAGAGUCUGAGCCAAGACGCCAAGCCGACCAUCAGUGUUGCUGCAGCCAGAGAGGCCUGUACAGUCCCCCAGAGCCCAGUCCUGAAGACUUCUGCUCAGCCCAGGUCACGGAGAGUAAGUGUGGCGGCGUCCCGCAUUGCCUCCACCUCUGGAGCCACUGCCUCUCCCUCCGCUGUGGACGACUUUGAGGAGCUGAUCAAUGAAUUCACUGACCACCCUCUGGAGGAUGAAGACGUGGACCCCGAGAUCGGAGAGGACGACUUGCUGCAGGAGCUGUCAGAGAUGAUCGACAGCUGAGGGCUUGGUCAAUCACAAUCAACGCCCUGCCCUUCGUUGUCACCCGCCACCUUGUCUUGUGACAAGAUGUACAAGAAGACCAUCACCCACUAUCUAUUAUCAAGUGUUUUAAAAAGACAUUUCUUUUUCAUAAAAGUUUGUCUUAUUUUAAGCUUUAGCAUCGUAUUUGUUGUCAUUUACAUUUUAGACAUCUUCUUUUUCAUUUCCUGUCCGUACGAUCAUCUGAUGGGCCAGGAGUUAAUCUGCAGGGCUUAGAUGUUUUUUUUGUUUGUUUUUGUUUUUUUUUAUUAUGUCUGUUCAUGAUAGAAACUUUUCAACCCCUGAAAAGAAAAAAUGACAAAAAAAAGUUCUGGUGCUGGGAGAUGGGAAGAACAUCCUCUGUUGGUCAGAAAUUCGUGAAAGGUAAAUGUCUGGAAUGAUCAAAGUGUCAUUUUAGAGAGAAGUUUUAUGUGUAUACUGUGUAUGCAAAGGGAUGGGAAAUAAUGAAUACUGCUGCACUUAGAGUAUUCUGCCCCCAACUACUUGUGUUUUUUUACACAUAUAAAUAUCUGAGGGGACAAGACUGUUGUGUCCUAGCUAGUUCCCACAUUAUGACAUUUAAAUGUACCACUUUUAUUUUAGCAAUGAACCCAUGUAAGAAGUUAAGGUGAGAAUCUGAGAGGAUGUUUUCAAACUUCCAUCAGUCUUGUUUCUGUUCGGAUCUGUUUGUCCACCAGGUGUGUGUGUGUCUUACAGGGUGCACUUUCUGCCUGUGACUGUCCUUUUAGUGUUCAUAAAGUUUAAUUAAAAUGUGUGAAUUUUUUUUUUUUUUCCAGCUAGUUCUUUUAUUCAGUGGACAUUCUUUGAAACAAAUAGUCUGGGAUAAGUGCUCUCUGGUAUUUGUUAAUGAACACCUCAGGGACUCUUUCUGAUGUUUAUGUGCUUUAUAUGAUUGACAAACACUGUAUGUCAGUACUACAUUGCUGUCUGAGGUUGCGUCUUUCUCUUCUGCGUUAGCAUCGCUUUAUCUGUGGUGUGAGAGAAGAGAUCAAAAGCUCUUCGGUCUCAGUAUGUGUUUGCUCCAUCCCACAAAUUAACUGUUCAAAGUGAUUUGUACAGAUUAUUGUGUAAAUAAAAAAUGCUUUUAAUGACCA